UCCUUUUUAAGAAAUAAUAUAAAGACCCCUUAUUUUCUUCUUAGGUUUUUCCAAAACAUUAUUUUAAAUUUUGUUUUAGAUUACUCUCAAGAUUUCAUUUCAUUGUGAUUUUUCAACAUCAACCUUCUUCUUCUUUGCUAAGCUCAUUGGCUCCCUUCUUCUCUGGCCAUGGAGAACCAGGAGAUCCCCAGUGGAUGGCCACUUGGGCUAGAGAUUAUGAAUGUGAGGCUCCAAGUUGUAAGUAGCUUACCAUCUACUGCAGCAGAACACUACACUACUUUCCAUGCACCCUCAACUAGUUUCUCUUCAUUUUCAUCUUCCAAUCUUGACACUGAGUCAACAGCAUCAUUUUUCCAAGAUCACAGUGUGUCGCUAGGCCGGCUAAUUGGGAUUAGACCAGGCGAGAGAGGGCGGUUGUACUACCCGAAUUCGAAUGGCUUAGAAGAACAUGGCAGAGUGUCAAAAAGGGGUCCAAAAGGGCAUGAACUCAAUUUAUGUCCAGGCAUUUGCAUACCACUUUUGGUUUGUGCUUUAGUCAAAAGCAAGAACAACAAGGCAAAGAGGUAGUGGGUUUUGCUUUGGCAAAUACAGAACAGUUUGGAUGGUAAAGAUUGGAGAGUAAUAAGAAUCUUCUAUACAAUGUAUUACUUUCUCUUAGAUUAGUUCACAUCAGUUAUGUUCUUUAUAACUAAGCUAUUUGAGAUAUCAUUGGAAUUGGCAUUGGAGAUUGGAUAGCAAUUUUUCUGCUUUCUCUGCUGUUUUCAAAUUGUAUGUUUACUCACUUUCUUAUAGUGUGAAGCCAUUUUCCAUAAAAUACAGAAUAAACAUUGUGUUUUGU